AUGAAAAUUUUGUCAUACCAAUGUCACCUUUUGCUCCUGUUAAGUUCCACAGUCCUGUGCGUCUCUACACUGGAGGAAGAGCUGUCCAACACAAUAUUUGAUAAUUUCCUGGAACCUCUGAACGACCUGUUUCAUCGUAAGGAUGCUAACAAGACGUAUGCGAAGUUCUCUCUGCGAAAACCAUCUCAGCCUGAAGAAGACGUUUGUUAUAUUGUCCCAAACGAACCCGACUCCCUCAGCAACUGCGCUUUCAACAGCACCGCCAAAACCUUCCUGGUGAUUCACGGAUGGACGGUGAUCGGUUUGUUCGAGAGCUGGGUGGCUAAACUGGUGGCGGCGCUGUAUGAGAGGGAGCGAGAUGCCAACGUGAUCGUGGUGGACUGGCUCGACGUCGCCCAGAAUCACUACGUGGUGGCCGCCCAGCACACCCAGAAAGUGGGUCAGGAGAUUGGACGCUUCAUCGACUGGAUCGAGGAGACGACCAACGUUCCGUUGGAGAAUGUCCAUUUGAUUGGCUACAGUCUCGGGGCCCAUGUGGCAGGGUUUGCAGGAAGCCACACAACCAACAAAGUUGGCAGAAUAACGGGUCUGGAUCCAGCAGGCCCGGACUUUGAAGGGGUCCAUGCCCGGAGGCGUCUGUCUCCGGACGACGCCAAUUUUGUGGAUGUUCUCCACACGUUCACCCGAGGCUCCUUGGGUUUCAGUAUUGGCAUCCAGCAGCCUGUGGGACAUGUGGACAUUUACCCCAACGGGGGCAGUUUCCAGCCCGGCUGCAACUUGCGUGCAGCACUGGAGAAGAUCGCCAACUUUGGCAUUCUGGCCAUGAACGACGCCAUUAAGUGUGAGCACGAGAGAUCCAUCCACCUGUUCAUCGACUCUCUGCUGAAUGAGCAGGACGCCAGCAAAGCGUACAGCUGCGGCAGUAACGACAUGUUUAACCGCGGAAUGUGUCUGAGCUGCCGCAAAAACCGCUGCAACACAGUGGGCUACGACGUCACCAAAGUCCGCAAACCACGAAGCGUCAAAAUGUUCACCAAAACGCGAUCUUCCAUGCCUUUCCGAGUCUAUCACUACCAGCUGAAGAUUCAUGUCUCAAGUAAGAUGAACCGAACAGAGAUGGAGCCAUCACUCAGUGUCUCUCUCUACGGUACCAACGGCGAAGCAGAGAAUCUACAGCUGAACGGCGAUGAGAGGAUCGCGGCCAAUAAGACACACUCGUUCCUUUUGGUGACGGAGAAGGACCUGGGUGAUCUUCUGAUGUUGACGUUCAGAUGGGAAGAGUCCAGCAGCUGGACAGCCGCAUCCCUGCUGAAGAAGGUGUCCUCGUGGUGGUCUGGAGAUUCUGCCGGCGCAGACGUGAGAGUUCAGAAGAUCCGCAUGAGAGUCGGAGAGACGCAGAAGAAGAUGGUCUUUUGCUUAAAGGAUCCAGAAACGGCAAGUUUGGCUCAGGAGGUUACAUUCGUGAAAUGCAAAGAUGAUUGGAGGCGUCUCUCUAAAAGGUGA